AUGUGACUUGAGAAAUCAAUACGAAAAUUGGAAAAUAUUGAUCCUGUAAGUGAGCUGUGAACCUGACUUGUGCAAUUUUCAGUAGUCGUUUAUUCUCUCAAAGUUAGCUUUUAAAAAGAUAUUUCUAGUUGUUACCAAAGUUUUCUAGUCACAAGAAGAAAGAAAUGGCGACUGAAACUUUGGUCCCCUUGGAAUCUAAUCCUGAUGUGAUGAAUAAAUUUCUACAAAAACUUGGAGUGCCAAGCAAGUGGGGUGUCGUAGAUGUGAUGGGUUUAGAAUCGGAUAUGCUUUCUUGGGUUCCCAGACCGGUACUCGCCCUUACACUCCUUUUUCCGAUUUCUCAAUCUUACGAGCAACAUAAAGAAAAAGAGGAGAGUGAAAUUCUGGCUAAAGGCCAAGAAGUCUCCAACAAUCUUUUUUACAUGAAACAAAACAUUAGCAAUGCCUGUGGAACAGUAGCCCUUGUUCAUGCGGUUGCAAAUAAUCUAGAUGAAAUUGGGUUAAAUGAUGGUUGUUUGAAAACUUUUUUGGAAGAAGCUAAGAACAUGGAUGCUGUUGCAAGGGGAAAGCUUUUGGAAAAGUGUGAGGGCAUCAUCAAAGCUCAUACUGAGCUGGCACAGGAAGGGCAGACUAAUAUGCCCAACGCUGAAGAUCCCAUCAAUCAUCAUUUCAUUACUUUUGUACACAAAGAUGGUUCUCUGUAUGAGUUGGAUGGCCGUAAAGCUUUCCCAAUAAAUCAUGGCCCGUGUACACCGGACUAUCUACUGGAAGAUGCUGCAAAAGUCUGCAAAGAGUUUAUGGCCCGUGACCCUCAGGAGGUUCGUUUCACAGUCAUUGCUUUCACUAUUGCAGAUAUUUAAACCCCCACAGGAGUUUUUAAGACGCAGCAUAGCAAGCUUUCAUUCCAACUUUAUACUAAAGUAUUAAAUUUUUGGAUUAUUGUAUGCGGCAUAUAUGACAAGGUCCGCUUAUUUAUUAUAAUUGCUUUACUUACGCUUUCUAAUUGUAUUGUAAUUCAAAGAAUACCCAAAUAAAAUAUGAAACAAUAAAA